GAAAGUGCUCUUAAUUUGUGUCAAGAAAACAUGGAAAAGACAAAGUCAAAGCUUCCAGAUGCACAAUUUGGAGGAAGGAAGAGAAACGGGCCAAAGACAAAGGUGUGACAUCAUAAUUCCUACUAAUCGGACAACAGUGCUCUCUUCAUCCUGACCAAUUUGGCCCAUGCAUGAGCUGCAAGGACUUAUGGUCAGCUGCUAUGGGAGCUCCACCGAGUCUUGGCAGAUCUGUUCCUUGAGGAUCAAAUCCCAUGACCACAUCAGCAAGACAUAGCCGACACCCCUGAAGAUUGUGGGUGAACCUGAAACUCGUCGGAAACACAACUGGAACCAGUCAGAACAAUGUUUCGCCCCUCUUGGCUCCGUUUUGCCUUCGUUGUCGAACUGCUGCUCAUGACUCGCUGGGCGCCCCUGGUGGUGCACUGCCAGAAUGACACAGAGCCAAUCGUGUUGGAGGGGAAAUGUCUAGUGGUGUGCGACUCCACCCCCUCUGCCGAGCCAUCGGGAAACGCCCUGGGAAUGUCUGUGAGGUCUGGAACAGGCCGGGUGGCGUUCUCGGCCAUUCGCAACACCAAUCACGAACCUUCAGAGAUGAGCAAUCGCACCAUGACCAUCUACUUUGACCAGGUCUUGGUGAAUGUGGGCAGCCAUUUUGACCCCGCCAGGAGCAUCUUUAUGGCUCCCAGGAAGGGGGUCUACAGUUUCAACUUUCAUGUGGUUAAAGUUUACAACAGGCAGACCAUACAAGUGAGUUUGGUUCUCAACGGCUGGCCAGUGAUCUCCGCUUUUGCGGGCGACCAGGAUGUGACCAGGGAAGCUGCCACCAAUGCCGGCCUGGUGAUGAUGGAGAGGGGGGACAAGGCAUACCUCAAAUUGGAGAGGGGCAACCUGAUGGGAGGGUGGAAGUACUCCACCUUCUCUGGUUUUCUGGUCUUCCCCUUGUAA